UUUUUUUUUUAUUUAUUUAUACAUUUGUACAUGUUUACAAUAAAAAGCAUAAUACGGUUUGCCAUAUUAGCUCCUAUUAUAGUCAUUUUGUUGACUAUUGGCUGGUAUCAACAAGCUAUUGAUCAUGUUAACAUUUUUGGAAAUACAUUGCUUACAGAUUACUAUACUGAUUCUUAUAUUAUUGCGGGUUAUUUUAUCAAUUGGGGAAUUUAUGAUCGAAAUUUCAAUGUUGUAGAUCUGGAAGUAGAUAAAUUAUCGCACGUUUUAUAUGCAUUUGCUAACGUCAAUUUGGACGGUACAAUUGUCCUUGGAGAUUCAUGGGCAGAUACAGAUAUAAGAUUCUCAAAAGAUAAAACUGUAGAUGGUAUUGUCGACUCUUGGAAAGAAAACGAUAAAGAUUUGCAUGGUAAUUUUAAGCAACUAGCAUUACUAAAGCAACAAAAUCGACAUCUAAAAGUAUCACUAAGCAUUGGUGGCUACUCAUGGAGUUCUAAUUUCUCAGUAAUAGCUUCUACUCCAGAGACACGAAGUCAGUUUGCAAAUACAGCAGUAAACCAUGUUAAAAAUCUGGGUUUAGAUGGUAUUGAUAUUGAUUGGGAAUUUCCAAAAGAUCAAAAAGAUGCUGAAAACUAUGUCUUAUUACUUGAAGAAGUAAGAAAGUCAUUAGAUGAUUAUCAAAGGACUUUUGAUCCUACAGAUGAGUCAUUCAUACUGUCUGUUGCUAUGCCCUGUGGGCCUGAAAAUUAUAGAAUUUUGAAAUUGGAUAAAAUGGCAAAAUAUGUAGAUAUUUUUUAUUUAAUGGCAUAUGAUUUUGCUGGCAGUUGGGAUAAAGUGACUGGUCAUCAAUCUAACCUUUAUGGUGGUGCUCUUAAUGUAAAUCAAGCAGUAACUGAUUUUGAGAAAGCGGGCAUACCUUCAAAAAAGAUUGUUAUGGGUAUCCCAAUGUAUGGUAGAGCAUUUUCAAAUACAAAUAGUGAACCAGGAUCAAUUUACAAGGGAGUUCCUAAUGGAUCUUGGGAAAAGGGUUCGUUUGAUUAUAAGGAUUUACCUAGACAAAAUGCAAAGGAAUUUAUAGAUAAAAGUAAAGGUGCUUCCUGGUCCUAUAGUGAAACAAAUCAAGAAUUUGUUACUUAUGAUACUCCAGUGGUGGUGGAAGUAAAAUGUGAAUAUAUUAAAAAUAGAAAAUUAGGUGGAGUCAUGUUUUGGGAAUUAAGUGCAGAUGUAAAAAGUAUCAAUAACAGUUCAAGAAGUCUUUUAAACACUGCUUAUCUCAGCUUAGGUGAUAAAUUAAAUACAGUAGAAAAUCACAUUUUAUUUCCUCUUAGUGAAUAUAAAAAUAUACCUCAUUUUUCUUGAUCUAAUCAACGUGUCAUUUUUUAUUACUAAAAAAAAAAAAUGAAACAAGUUUAUUAUAAUAACAGUCACUUUUUUUUUUUAAUCUGUGUUAAAG